AUGUCAAAGGCCAUCAACUCGCCCACGGGCAGGCUACUGCGCAACUCGCGUCUCUUCUCUCUACCGCCACCUCUACCUGCCGCCCCUAUCGCCAACUCGACGGCCGGCCAAAUCCUGCGCACGUCCGACACGGCCACACAACCCUACCCUACCCACCAGGCCAUCUCAGCGCCCGCCUCGUCACGCUCUCGUGGAGACUGGGGUCUGAAGCGUCCUCUUCCCGACAGAGCCAUCCCCAGAAACACUCCCCAUCUCCGGAUCAAGGCCAUCGACACGCUCGAGCACAUCACCGAUUUCGAGUCCGCCGCCGAUCACACCCAGUCGCUCGCAAAAUGGCAGGACAUGAACAUUCCCAUCACUCUUCCGCCCAACGCUCGCACCCACAUCGUCCAGUCCUCCUACAAGUCCCGCCCUAGUGCCUUCACCGACGACUACGACAAUACCACCCUGCAGCCCCACGGAAGCGAGCAAACCACCUUCACCUCUGAGCGUGCUCUGCGUGAGAGGUCCCGCCAGACGACCCAAACCGCACGAUGGAAGACCCAAGGCCCUCACCUCACCAGCUUGACCGAGGAAGAAUUUGACCGUUAUCUCAUGAACCUCGUCCGCCAGCACAAGUCAGAGUUCCGCAAAUUCCUCGAGGCCGUCAAGUCGGACAAGAAGCGCAAGCACCAAGAAGCCCUCAUGCGCGACCACGCAGACCCCAACACUUUUGAGCUCGAACUGCAACUCAGGAGUCGCUUGGAGAAGAACGAGCUCAACGAGUGGAUCAAGGAGUUGCGCGACAACCACCAUGACUUGAGCUCCGAGCUGUCGACCCUGGUCCGCGAGUUCUUUGAUUUGCCCGCCUUCCCCUCUACUGCCGCCAGACAGUCCAACACCAACGCUCUCGCCAACGAGAUUGCCGUCAGAACAAGGAACGACGCUGGACCACCAUCGACUCACCCCUCGGCUGGUCUUGGUUACUUACUCACAAGCGCCAUUGUCAACAACCACCCCAAGUACGGACCUCAAAGUGAUCGUGAGCCUGUUGAAGCUCGUGUCCUACGAACAAAGGAGGGCAACCGCAGCAGAGACACCAAGGCCGAUGUUGGUCUCGGUGGUUUCGUUACUUCGAUCCAGCCUGGCUCAAUCCCUGGCCAAAGCCGAUUCAAGGACACUGGCAGAGGAAGGGAAGCUCCUGGCCCUCUGCACCGCCUUGACUUGUCUCUCACAGGUGGCAACAAGGUCUGGUUGCAACCAAGAUCUGCCUACGUCGAUGAGGCUGGUCGCAUCAGACUUGAUGUUGGCGAGGCAAGCACACAACAAGUGGACAUUAAGCUGGGCAAGGAAAUCAAGGAGGAACAACCUACCUUUACUUCUAUUCCUGGCAGACAGAACCAGCGUCUCGAUAGCAAUUUCAGAUUGGCGAGAUAUGGCACUGCGUUGCCAGAUGAGAGACUGCGCCAACAGCGCCCUAAGCCCUUUGAGCGCAACAACACUGACAACAAGUCUGGCCUGGAGCAGAUUGAGGCUUUGGCCAAGGGAACUCAGCAGUGA